UGUGGCAGGACGAGGACACAGGCAGGCGGGCAAUGCAGAGGAUGUGACACCUCUGGCAGGAGUGUGUCCCAAGCUGUUACAGGCAUCGCUCACGGCGUGAUGUCGGCCACAUGGGCUUGUCUGGUUUUGUUUGUGCUCUUGGGUUUGGGCUUCAAUGCCAGCUCCCAUGGCGGGAAGGCACAGCAGCCUGGAACACCACUCUCUGAUGAGGAGUACAGCCAGUUCUUCAGGUUCCUCCAGACAGCAGGCCGUGCCAACACUGCCUGCUUCCUUCGCAUGCUGUACGGCUGCCAGUACCCCCUGGUCCAGAGGCUGGAUGAGUAUGAAAACCACGGAGUCAUCCCUGAGGGGCCCGUAUGCUCUGAACUGCCAAAAAGUCCUAUCUUUCCUGACUUCUGCACCUUUUCUUUUUAUCGCUGUACUAAGAAAAAGUAUUUCAUUAAGAGGAUUGCAUGCCCAGGAGACAGCAAAGCCAAUCUGGACAGCACACGCACCUUCAACGACAUGAGCACUGAUUCCAUGUUGUCCAGCAUCUUCAGUACCACCCCCCUUCUCCCCAUACGUCCCACAACUGCCCAGCCAAGCCGCUCCAGCCCUGCCAAGGAAGUAGUUGUCAGGGCUCCAGCCCCAACAAGGAAGAUCCCCACCUCCUUACCUGCAACCACGCCACAGUCGACGCACAUGCAACUAAAUCCUUCUGACCCACAUGCCACAGAGGUGAGAGCCAGUGGGCAGCAGCAAGGAAAGCUGCCCACCACUGACAUGCAGGAUCUCCUCCUGAGGCUACAAGAUACCCAGGUGCAGAGUUCACUGCAGAGACUUCAGUUGCUGACCAUAAGGAAAGCAGCGCCGGAGGAAGAGUUGCAGAAUGCUGCCUGGAAGCUGCUGGUGGCCCUGAACAAUGUAAGAAUGUCUCAGCAGGCAACCGGCACUGAUAAAAGGCACAGAAGAGAAAAGUGA